UAACAUCUCAUUGCAUUGUAUCUAUAUUAUUUUACUUUUGCAGAAGCAAAGAAAGAAGAAUUCACAGAAAUUUAUCAUGGUAGAGAUAACCGAAGAAAUCGAGUCCUUUGAUCAACAAAAAGAAGAAGAAAUCGAUUAUGACGAGCUGAAGAAGCGCAUGUGGAAGGACCGAAUCCUACUACAGAAGCUCAAGGGAAAAGGUAAAAAAGAUGAUCAACAAAACCAACAAGCAAAAGAUGAGGCAUCAAGAAGGAAAAAGAUGUCAAGAGCACAAGAUUCAAUUCUCAAAUACAUGAUGAAGAUUAUGACAAUAUGCAAAGCUCAAGGUUUUGUCUAUGGUAUUGUUCCAGAGAAAGGAAAACCAGUAACAGGUUCUUCAGAAAGCUUGCGUGAAUGGUGGAAAGAACAAGUUAAAUUCAGUCAAAAUGCACCAGCUGCAGUUUCCAAAUACUUACCAUCAUCACUCUUAGAAAAUCAACAAGAGUUAGAAUUAUUAGAUCCCAUUUCAUCAUAUAUGCAUUUACUUUAUGACUUGCAAGAUACUACUUUAGGUUCUCUUCUUUCAGCUCUAAUGCAACACUGUGUACCACCACAAAGAAGAUUCCCUCUUGAAAUAGGUUUGGCUCCUCCAUGGUGGCCUAAUGGAACAGAACAGUGGUGGGGUCAACAAGGUGGUUUGUCAGAACAACAUGGCCCACCACCUUAUAAAAAACCUCAUGAUUUGAAAAAGGCUUGGAAAGUUUCUGUGUUGGCUGCAAUCAUCAAACACUUGUCUCCUGAUGUUGAUAAAGUGAGAAGGUUAGUGACUCAAUCAAAGACUUUGCAACAUAAGAUGACAGCUAAAGAUAGUGCAACUUGGUCCAAAGUAAUGAACCAAGAACAAGCUUUGCUUCAUCUUACUGAAAAGUGCCUCAAGAUAUCAGAAGAAGGUGAAAGCUCUAGUAGUACUAAACAUGAUUUGAAUCGCUUGGAAAAAUGUGGUAGCACUGAGAAGAGAAAGGGUGAGUUUGAUUUAGAUGCUGAUUUUGAUUUUGAUAAGGUACUAUACUCAUGUCAAUAUGCUGAGUGUCCACAAAGUGAUUUGUGCAUGGGAUUUUCAGACAAAAGUUCAAGGGUGAACCAUGAAUCACACUGUUCUUACAGAACAGAACAAGGACAUGUUCCCUUCCAUGAUUUUCUGUCAGAUGAUUGGUUGAAUAUGGAUAUAGCAGGGGAUGAUGUUAAUGAGUCGGGAGAGAUUGUGGAUAUGACAUUAGAAGAUUAUGGUAACUUUUGGCUAAACAGCAUGCAAGAUCUUGAAUUGCACAUGGGAGUGGACUUGGAAAGAGAUAACAUGGACUUGAAUCAAAAUCCAGCGCAAGAGACCACAUUAAGUGAUGAAGCAACCUCAGUUUGGGACUUGCCAUACGAUUAAGUUCUUUUGCUUACCUCACUGAUGAACUCGGAUCUUUACGGCCAUCCAGUCCACUAAGAUUUGGCUGGACGGCUACAGAUAAUCUGAGCUCUGAAGUGCAUACCAAUUUGUUUUCUUUCCACCAUUUAAUUAGAUAGAAAAUAAAGGUCUAAAUAAGUAGGGGACCGUCUCCUGAUAUGUAUGUAACUCGCUUGAGGUUUAGCAUGUUCGUAUUAUCUCGGAUCCUCUGCGGUCAUCUAGUCCAGUAAGAUACGGUUGGACUGCCGCAAAUGAUCCAAGCUCAAGGCUGCAUGUCGAUUUUCUUACUUUCCACUAUUUAAAUAGAUAGAAAAUAAUGAUAUAAAUAAGUAGGGUCUGUCUCCUUAUACGUAACACACGCUGCUACCUUCCGCUUAUACAAAUUAAUAUCAAGUUUCUUUUUCUCUUGA